AUGACAGCGAUGCAUUCUCUUCCAUCAUUGCCAGCAAAGCACCAGGACUUUAUUGGCUGGAUCAACAAUAAUCAGGAUACCCCAAUUGGUCAGCUUAUUAAGCCGUACAAUGAGUAUGAAGCGGUCGUUCGUAAGCUGUUUGCUCAGGAGCCGUCGCAUCCAGCGCUGAGGGACAAUCACCUCAAUAUCGUACCACUUUAUGACACGACUGAGAAGACCAUUGUUCCAAGUCGGCCUCGAGAUCCAUCCUCAGAAUCACCUGACCUUCACGAAAAAUAUGUCAUGCCCCUGAAGGCAGAAUCUCGUAGGGCCUAUGGCGAUCCUGCGGUGGUGUCGAGCUUGGAGGACUUCCGGAAUAAUUUCAACAUCUUCUCGGAAGGAUCUUUGAGUGACAUGGAUUGGAGCAAUGUCGUCGUCGCCGGAAGUGCCGUGGUGACGUGCCUGAUGCCAGUCCCGGAAGAGCACCGUGGCUCAAAGCGUGCCUUACGACAGUUCUACCAUGACAAGUACGCACCUGCUUCUGACGUCGACCUCUUCUUGUACGGCUUGACCGAAGAAGCAGCAAUUGAAAAGAUAAAACAGAUUGAAGACAAGAUCAAAAACGCCAUUCUUUAUGAGACGACAACCAUACGAACCAAGAACACAAUUACUAUUGUCUCACAAUACCCCACACGCCACGUACAGAUUGUCCUUCGUAUAUACAAGUCUAUCUCGGAGAUCCUGACCGGGUUCGACGUUGACUGUUCCUGUGCCGCUUUCGAUGGUAAGCAAGUUUAUGCUUCACCACGUGCUCUUGCUGCCUAUAUCACCCAGACGAAUACGAUCGAUCUCACUAGACGCUCGCCAUCUUAUGAGAAUCGCCUUUCUAAAUACUCACACCGAGGCUUUGAAAUAUUCUGUCCACAGCUAGAGCGGUGUCGUGUCGAUCCAACGAUCUUUGAGAGGAGCUUUUCAAGGACUGUUGGUCUAGCGCGUCUUCUAGUUUUAGAAAGGUUGCCGAAGUCAUCCGAUAGGGAUGCCUAUCUAGAGCAGAGACGAGAGGAGCGCGGCCGUCCGGCUCGACAACAGCAGAUGCGAAGCCUCGGGUCACUGAAUGGUAACAUUAAAAGUGAGUGGGAAGAUGAAACUCCUGAAUGGAUGGAGGGCGAUGAAUAUUCAGACUAUCAUACUAUGACGAUUCCCUACGGGCCGAAGUUCCAUGCUAAGAGGAUUGAGCGGCUGGUCUAUACGAAGGACUUACUGCUCAAUGCAGAAUGGAACAAACCAAAGGACAGGGACGUCAAUCUGCAUCGGCAUCCUGCAUUUUUUGGUAACGUGGAGGAUGUGAUCUACGACUGCUGUGGUUAUUGCCCUGAACCUGUGACUCCGGAGGAAAAGGAAGUCGCAGAGAAAGAAAGCAAAAACUAUAUCUCUGGAGAUAUCUCAUUCAUCAAAGAUGAUCCAGGGCGCCAGGAAAUUGGCAGCUUUAACCCUAUUACGGAGACCGACUGGACAGAAAUGGCUUAUGUGGGUAAUACCGAGCACCUAUGCCAGGCCAUAGUCGACCAUGAUCUCGCUGCUGUCAAGGAAUGGCUUUCUCAAGAAGAAAGGGAUCCGAACAGUCGCGACUAUACGGGACGCACCCCGUUGCAUCUGGCUUGUAUGGCUUCUACACCAGAUAUUGUACAAUACCUUGUCGAUCACGGGGCGAGAUUAAUCUCUCGCUUGGCAGAUGGCAGGACUGCUUUACAUAUCGCAGCUGCUAGAGGAAGUGCUGAGAUUAUUAGAAUACUGCUACACAAAAGCGAAGAAAAUGAAGCCGAGGAGGAUAAAAGGCAGGAGCUUCGCAAAGCAAAAGAAGCCCAAAAUAGUCAACAUGGUGCCGAUGAAGCGCAAAGCGAGCCAGAUGACAUCGAAACAGUUAGCAUGGAAGCAGACGCAACCUCAUAUACCUCUGGAUCAUUUGUCAAAGUCCAGAAAGAAGGUGACGAUGCCACUAGCGCGGAGAGUCUACCCGAAGAUGAGAAUGCGCAAGAACCGGAUAUCUAUGAUAUAAAUGCCGUGUCCUGGGACAGCCAUACAUCUCCUUUACACCUUGGCAUACUCAACGGCCACGUCGACGUGGUAGAAGAACUCGUUGCGUCCUUUGGAGCUGACGUGUUGCUCCCAAUAAAGUUGCUGAACAGCCAUAGCAAUAGCUCAAGAGGUGCAAUUCUAACACUGGUACUCACGCUUCAACUCCCUCUAGAAAAGGCUAAAGCGAUGACCAAGAAGCUUCUUCAGUUGGGUGCUUCGCCGGCCCAGGCUGACCUCAAAUACAACACGCCCUUACAUUAUAUUGCUGCUUCAACAUAUGACGACCUUAUUGAUGUCUUCCUCGAGCAGAACGAACCAGUCACACUGAAAGCUAUCAACCAUCUCGCCUUUGUCGGAUAUUCCUGGAACCCUGAUGCCUACUCCGCAUUCAUGACCGCAAUCAAUGCAAAGAACCCAAUCGGUGCGUUGAAGCUUCUCCAAGCUGGCGCCGAACCUUCGAUCGACUUUGGGAAGUUUGUGAAAUCUGGUCAGGUACUGGACGGCAUACGUACAAAUUCAUCAGAAAGGAAUCGUGAAAUUUUCAGACACAAUUUUACCCAGCCCGUUAUCCUAGCUGUUCAGAAAGAAUUACCAGAGAUCGCUCAAGAGCUAGUGGCUCGCGGCGUUGACCCGAACACAUUAUCACCAGAUGGAUAUAAAGUUGAAGAUGAUGACUACGUGCGAGACAGUCUCCACGGUAAAUCGCUCCUGGAUUGUGUCCGUGAUAAGAUCAAGGAAUUGCAACAAUACCAAGGAGAAGUUGUUGACUUAACUCCGCCACGGGCGCUUGAGCCUGAUUCCUUCUACCUUAAGGAUUUUGAAGCCAACACAUAUCAAUUGUGGACAGCGGAGCGGGAAUUGGGCAAGGCAAAGAAAUCAUACCAGAAACGUCUGAAAGUAUAUGAACAGGAAGUCAGCGAUUCUGAGAAUAGGAAAGGGGUGGAGUCGAAACUCCACGCGAUACGGGACCUAGUUGAACAAUUCGAGAAACUAGAAACUGCCCUGUCCGAGAAAGGUGCCAAGACGUUCAAGGAAUUGUUUCCCGAUUUCAAAGCACCGGAUGAUGAGGAUGGGUCAUCAUCACCAAACAGGGACUGUGAUGACCCUUUCGAGCUGGAAUUUACAUUCAAUAUAUCUGAUCUCACGGAUGAAAAGAAGGAUGGAUAUAUCAAACUCUUUGAGGCAGCCUGGCGUGGUGACUUAGACACCAUUAAGUCUCUAACUCUGGCCAUGUGGGGCGAGGGAAAUCAACAGCCUCCGUUGCGAAUGGCUAUAACAGACUCUAACAGACUCUCGCCCUUUUCAAUCGCAGCACUUCGGGGUCACUUGGAUGUGGCGAAAGCAAUCUUGGAUAUUGUUCAAGCACAGUAUAAAGAAGAGGAGCCCAGUGGCCACGAGAGGUUUGAGAUAGGCAGUGAUUGCAGUGAUGAAGAUAUGCAGGAUAGUGGCAAUGUUCGCAUUUACAGCGAGAUAGUUGAUGACAAGUUCACCAUAGAUGACAUAGGUGAGGUGGCCACGCAGGUGGAGUGUCAUAUUACUCCACUUGAGGUACUAAAGUGGUAUUGCCCAAAGUCCAAAUGGUUCACCAGUCCUGAUGUCAAGGCUAAAUGUUGCGAGAGCCCCUUUGGAAAGCCAUCUGAUCUCCUCGAGUAUGCCGUUUGGAUGGACAAUGUCGAGUUGCUUGUCUUCUUACUUGACAUGGGAGAAGAAUUGACUUCUAGAGACACCAGUUCUAAGUUCACCGCUUUUGGAGUGCCGAAUAAAACGGUUCAUCUAGCUAUAGCAGAGGGUCGACUCCGCUGCCUUGAAGAACUUAUCAGGAGAACAGGAGCGGACCUCCCACUAGAUGCUCUUGUUCACGAAAGUGGCGUCCAGGUGCAUGAAAAGCCAGAAUACUAUCAGGGGCUCUCUAUUCAUGGAAAGAAGAGAGCAGACUGGGCAGCUGCUGGGCGCGGACAACUGCGCCAUCACACCAAUAAAAGCUCGCCCUUACUUGUUUCCGCCGUGCUGGGUAGUCUGAAGAGCACUGAAUGGUACAUGAGCACUGCUCCAAGCAGGCAUUAUGUCGAGUUCUCCAGGACCCAUGGGCAGGACCAUAGGCUGAAGCUCCUUGCAAAGUCAACCAGUGGCAUUGAAAAGUCUCUAAUGAGCUGGCUAAAUGCAAAGAACAAUCUGGUCUUGCAUUGCGCCAUCCUUUCUACGCCGACGUUGGAGUCCCGACAGCUUGUCGAGUAUCUUGUUCGGGAGGUUCCGGAGUGCCUGGAGACUAGGUCCGCAGGAAGAUACACGCCAUUAGCCCUUGCGUACUCUUUAAAUAGAGCAGAUUAUGCCGAUAUUCUUAUCAAAGCAGGUGCGAGCCAGACAGUUCGGGAUAGCAGAGGUAACAACCUCAUACAUCUGCUGCUGUGUGGGAUUGAUGGCGACACUUCAGGAAAGCCAGGCAAUAUCGAGAGACUCCUUAGCUUGCUUGAUCCUCGAUUGGUUCCUUCCUUACUAGUGGAACGCUCAUCAGAUGAACCGGGAUCUGUCACCCCAUUUGCCCGCUGGAUGCAUCAUGCCUAUUUUGAUGGAUCCGACGCAGAUAGGCUGAUUGAUAUUGCACGCAUUUUCCUUGAGUUUGCCGAGAGUGCAGAACAGAAACACUUGGAACUGCUUGAUGGCACAGGUAAUACACCUGUGCACUACGCAGUAAAACAUGAACUCGUCCCGAUUCUCGAGCUGAUGUUGGACCGUCGUCCUGACUUACUCUAUCGUGAGAAUGCCACCGGAAGCACACCGCUAGAGCUAGAAGAGGACGCUUGGACACUUAGAGCAACCUCGGACCCACCUAGCUUUCGAGCUCGCGAUCGAUCUUGGAAUGGCCGCUGGAUAACGGAUGCAAACAUGGUUGAUGUGGACCCAGAGUCCUUCCUUCCUGACUCAUGCCCAUCGGAGAAGAGCUUACGCGACGUAUGCCGUGAAAGGGCUAGCGGCCGCCCGGAAAAGCGGAAGCUAGUCACCUUAAAUGAAGCGAAUGAGGUGGCAAAGCGACUUGCCGUACAGAAGUCCAGUCGAUGGGGACAACGUGAGGGCCAAGGGUUUACAGAAACGGAUCAAGUAGCGAGAUGGUAUGGUCGGUCUGACCGAGAGGACGAGCUGACCGACGUCAUGGAAACUUGA